AUGUCCGACACCGACCCCAAGACCCCCAACAAAACUGGCGCAAGCGGUGCCGCCUGGUCUGAAGGCGAGAAAAACGCGCCCAUCCCCGUAGGCCGCUCCGUCAUCUCCUGCAAGAAACUCCUCGUCCGCCUCAAGGAAAAGCAUAAAGACGACAUUGUCAAGAUCAAGAACGGUCAAGCCUUUGCCCCUGCCGCUUCUACUGCUACCGACGUCUCUCCCGAGAAACCCAAGGCCAAAGCUACACCCAAGAAGCGGAAGAGCAAGCUUGAUCUCGAGGCCAAUGAUGAUGGCAACGGUGGGGAUGGUGGUGAAGCAGAUGGUUCUCCAAAGAAGAAAGCUACGCCCCGGGGUCGCAAGAAGAAGGUUGAGGUUAAGGAGGAGGUUAAGGAAGAGGAGAUGCUGGAGGAGGAGGCUUGA